AUGUCUGACGACGAGAGUAGAGAUGCUGAACCAACAACUGAGGAACAGGAGGAAAUUGCGCAGUUUUUAAAUGUGGACAACUUUUUGGAAGAAGUGGUAGGAUCACAUGGUCUAUGGCAAUGGCUUGUCGCAUUGUUUCUCAUGUUGACCACACCUUCUCCGUCCACGUUCCCCGUGUACGCGAAUUCGGUCGGACAAUAUCGAUGUCGAAUGGAAUCAACCGUGGAAGAUUAUAUUGUAACACAUAAUCUGCAAUUCACACAAGUGGCUGAACGCAUCGGACCUUGGUCAACCGUGUCCGGUACAAACAACUUGACUGGUAGUGCUACCUACGGUUGUUCCAGAUAUCAGCUGAACUGGACGAGUGCGAAUCUGGACCAAGUGUUCAAUCUGUCCGUACAAACCACACACCCCACUGCCACCACAGUGGAAAAGUGUCCAUAUGGUUAUGUCUAUGAAACAAAUGCAGACCACUAUCCGGGCAAUGUCGUUCAAGAAUUUAACGUUAUCUGUGACCAACGAUCUCUACAAUCGUUUGGCACUUCGAUGUACAUGGUCGGAAUGUUGCUUGGUUUCCUGCUCGGCGGCUGGUGUGGAGAUCGUUUCGGACGUUGCAUAACAUUGACCGCAUUCAGCUGCGUCGAACUAUUGGGCACGAUAGUGGUUUCAUUGGCACCGAAUUAUGCGGUUUACAUCAUAUUCCGCACCGUGAUCGGCAUUGGAAAUACAGUCAAAGUGUCCGUGGGCAAUGUGUUAGUCUACGAAAUUACUGUGGCCCGUUAUCGAUCACUUUACGGUUCGAUAUUGGCCUUAGGUUUGGAUUUUGUGUUCCGAGCCUAUAUGGCCUUGUGCGCUUACCUCAUACCGCAAUGGCGUGCGCUGAAUGCUGCGGUGAUGUGUACCGGAGCGUUGGGUUUGCUCUACCCACUUAUUGUGCCCGAAUCCCCUCGAUGGUUGAUCUCACGUAAACAGCUGAGAAAAGCGAUCAAACAAAUGCACCGAGGCUGUCAAAUUAAUCAGAGACGCAAAGUGGUUCGUGAUGAGCAGUACUUUGAUGAACUUUUGGAAAAAGCCACUCGUCUGGAGGAACGAAUGAAACCGAUGCGGGAAAACUUUGUCGUGACCCAUCCGGCCGACUUGGUGCUUACUAUCUGUUCCAAUAUCGGAUUGGUUCUCGUCACCACAUCCGUGUGCAUGAUCUAUGUCUAUGUGGCCGAACUCUACCCGUCCGAGAUUCGCAGUUACGCAUUUGGGGUGGUGUUUGCCAUCUCUCGGAUUGGCUCCAUCAUUUGUCCUUUUAUAAACGAUUUGGACGAGAGUUUAAGUCACGGAUCCCCAAUGGUCAUCUAUUCGGCUAUUCUAAUCCUGGUGGUGUUCGCUCUGUCUCAUCUUCCAGACACGUGUGGCGAGAACCUGACGGACUUUUUGGGUAAAAGGGAUGAGAGAACGUUCAGUGAACCAAGUGUUUCACAAUGCGAACUGACCGAUGUGAAGCCGGAAGAUGAGGAGUUUGAGAAACCGGAAAAUCGUUAUACGUAA